UUCGCUUAGAAAUUCUGCCUUUGCAAAACAAUUGUGUGCUAUUAAAAUAAAAUAAAAUAUUUAGGCCGGUUUUCAACACCUAUGAACGUAUAUUAUUUUUCUAUGCGUUUUAUAUAGUUUUUCCAAGUCGUUAUAACACGUAUAACACAAUGCUGUUUAUUUGUUUUAUUGCUUUCAUUGUUUUAAGUUCAACUCCAGCAUUUUCUGAUCCUUCCGAUAUUGCAUCGUCUUCGUCCAAUCCGCCCGUUUACGAGCAAAUCAAUCACCCUCAGUUCUUGAUCACCGACAUUAGCAACCUAUAUCUAGACGAAAGGUUUUCGGAUGUGAUUUUUGUUGUAGAAAAUGAAGAAUUCCACGCCCAUCGUGCAGUGUUAGCCUCACGCAGUGAAUAUUUCAGGAUUCUACUUUAUGGAGGUCAUAUAGAAUCCCGUAAAAAAAAUGUGACAAUAGAGGAAACAACGGCAACCUCAUUUAAAGUACUCCUUGAGUAUAUUUAUACUGGUCAAAUAAAUUUAACUAUUCUUGAGGGUAAUGUUAUUUUGGAAAUAUUGAGUCUCUCGAAUUAUUAUGGUUUUUCAAACUUAACAUUUCCAUUGUCCCAGUAUUUGCUACAUAACAUUAGUGUAGAUAAUGCAAGCUCUUUGUUUACUGUGGCACAUUAUUAUCAACUCAAAGAACUCGAAGCCGGAUCACUCUACUUUAUCGACAUGCACGCUUUAGAUGUAUUGCAAUCUGAAGAUUCUCUCUCUUUGUCGCCCGAAACAUUACAACUAAUCCUCAAUCGUGACACGACGUAUGCUAACGAAAUUGAUAUUUUCCGUGCGGCUUGUCGUUGGAUCAAAAAGAACCAAGAGCGCCUAGAUGCAGAUGCUAAAACCAAUAUUUUAUCUGCCGUCAGAUAUCAACUUAUGAAUGAUAAAGAACUGUCUGAAGUUAAGCGAUCAGAGAUGGUUCGUUCGGAUACAAUAAUUUUGGAUGUCAUUAAAUCGGGAAAAGAGUCCCUCACAGGUGCACAUAAUUAUCGAGGAAAAUUAGAACCAAAUGUGAAUUUUGCACCACGGUCUUCGAAACAAAUUUCUCAAAUUGACGGCGGAACCAUGAUGAUGUUGAAUCGUCCAUCGAUUAUAAACUAUAUUGAAAUUAAUUUAUCGGGAGAAGAUUUUGAAUACCAAAGCUUUUACUCUUAUUACAUUGAAGUAUCAAUGGACCGACAACUUUGGUUGCGUGUAAUUGAUCAUUCAACUUAUGAUUGUCGGUCAUAUCAACAUUUGUGGAUUCAGCAACAAUUUGUUCGGUAUAUCCGAGUCGUUGGCACAAAGAAUAUUGGUAAUAACUCUUUUAACUUUUUGAAAGUCAUGUACAAUAAGGACAAAAUGCACUUGGUGGAAAUCGAAAACGGGUUAGUGGCUCCAAAAUACAAUGUUGCUUCAAUUUUGAGUGCGACUGUAACCAAAGGAAUAUCGAUUUCAAAGGGUCCUAACAGCCUAUUGUAUGACAAAUAUGAAAAUUACGAUUCGAAUAACGGGUAUACAUAUCAUUCAGUGGGUUCGGGUUGUAUACAGGUUCAACUCAACCAACCGUUUGUGCUUAGUUCAAUGAGGAUGCUGCUUUGGGACUGCGAUAGGCGAACCUACGGUUACACUGUUGAAGUUUCGCUCGAUAAUUUGGUUUGGGAUAUGGUUGUAGAUAAAUCUAAUGAGCCGGCACGAUCGUGGCAAUCGUUUCAAUUUGAUGCCAGGCCGAUAGUGUACAUUCGUAUUACUGGCAUCCACACUUCAAAAAAUGACGGAAUUUUUAGAUGUGUACAUUUGGAGGCACCCGCUCAAAUAUCGCUAGAUUCCAAAGUUCCGCCAAAACAGCAUCGGUCGUUAUUCCGGUUUUUCGGCCGUAAAUAGCGCCACCAUUGACCCGACUUCUAUAUGGAACU